GUUAGCAUCAACGCGCCCGGUGUCCAAGAUGGUAGCCCACAUAAAGCAUUUUCUCGAUUUCAUGAAUGUUUCUGCGGACAGUGUAAAUAUCCAGUUCAAAGAGAAGGUUCCUACGGUGAAGGUGGACUCUGGGCUCGAACUCACAGGAUGCGCGCCGAUCGGACGGUACAUCGCCGAGCAGUCCGAGAAAGGACGGACCGUCCUCGGAAAAGAUGCCCAGGAGCGAGCUCUCAUCCAGCAGUGGCUCGAAUAUGUGGCCAUCCGCUGUGAACAUGGGACACUCUCGUCAGACACUGCUCACAGUAUACUACAGGAGCUGGACAGUUACCUAGCGGACCGAUGUUUCUUUGUGGGCAUUUCACUGACUCUGGCUGAUGUUUUUCUCUACUACAGUCUCCAUCCCACUGUUUUGUCGCUGACAUUUAAGGAGAAGGAGAAGUACGGUCAUCUCUGCCGUUGGUUUGACCUGGUUCAGCAUCAUGAUGGUCUUCGUCAGAAUCUCCCAAUCGUAGUUUUCAGCAAGACCCGGUUGUACCUCUAAUGCCAUGUCCUGGGACGACUUCUAUGAAUGCGACAUCACGGGAACACUUCUCUAUCACAGCACAUGCUAUAUGAUCGCAUAUCUUUUAGUUCUGUCUUUUGCGCUCAAUGCCUGGCUCUGUAUUUUCUCUUCUGCAAUCUGUAAUUGCUUUAUGGGAUGAGCUCAGAAUUUUGGUGCUAGCUUACUUGUCUUACAUUGACUUCAAGGAUUAUGAAAACCAGUUCUCUGUGUGAUUGGAGAAUAGUAUACUGGGCAUUUUGGUAUUGAUCCAUGUUAACAGUUGGUACUGAUUCAUGAUUGGAAAUGUUAGGGUGCAUUCACACCAAUGAUUGAUAGAGUUUGCAUGACCGACAACAAGUGGCGACUAAGGAGUGGCUCACAGCAACCGAUGCUCACACCAGCUAGUGAAAUUUGCUUGUUGUCUACAUCGGCAUAUCUCAUAAUUGGUGCCAUUUGCAUCUGCUCGCACGCCAUCACCACGUAAAUUAAGUGUCAGCGUAGAUCGGCAUCCUGUUCUUGUGCCGUUGAUUGGUUCAGCAGCUUUGCAACUCCGUUCAUAGAGCUGAAAGAUUGAGUCAUGAGCAACAGACCCAAAACACUGGCAUUCAAACUAAAGCUAUCUUUGCGACGCAAUCGCCGGUGUGAAUGAACCUUUAGUUUGUGAAGUGUAGUACUUGAAAAGGGGUGUCCCUUUUUUUUUUCUCAGUUCUGUAAAGCAUGUACAUGUCAUAUUUCAUGUUUAUCAGAGGCACAUCAGUACUUUUUGCUGAUAACAGGUUUCUUGACUAUGAUUUGUAGGGUGGCAGUUCACUUGUGAUAGCGUGACCGAAGCAUUGAUUAAGGAUGCCGCAUCCACGAUAUCGCAUCGCUGUAGUGCACACGCCUCUACUGUGUGUAUGCGGGUGAUUUUAUUCCUUUAAAAGUAAUGUUGCCCAGCUAAUAGUGACUGAGCACUUGUAUUUAAUUUCCCGUGGGGUGUAAAAAUAGGUGGUGGUGCACUAAUGCUGACCUAUUUAUGACUGGCUCAAUGUUCUUUUUUUUAUCUGUGUUUUGUGUGAGCAGUUGCUAAAAGUAGCUGUCAAGUAAUGUGGUUCUUUAUUUAUUUUUUUCUCCUCGGUUGCUUGUUUCAUAAGCUGACCUGUUUUCUCACUGAACGUACCGCGACAAUUUCCGGGGCAUUUCGACAUGAAUGCUGGAGUUACUCGUCUGCCUCUUUGUUAUUUAUGCACCUAUUGGUGGGUCUUUUUAAGCAUCCUAGAAAACGAUGAAAAACUUUUUUUCGUUGGCAUGUGGUGUAUUUAUUAUUUGUGGUGAUUCACUGUUAUCUUCGGAACCCAGUUCUUUACAUUUUUUGCUGCCUAAUAGUACUAUUGUGUGAUAUUUGUGAAUCGACGUCACGGACCUUCAUGAUCAUUUAUUGAGCUCUACGUGGGGAUGUAAUGUCUCAGGUUAGAUGAUUCACUACAGAACAUCUGGGCAUGCACAUGAUUCGGUAUUUGUGGUCAGUUUUGUCAUAUUAUUAACAUGUGAUGUGCUGUUCUCGUCUAUACAUGUGGCUCAUGUACAAUGUAUGUUAAGUGUCUUUACAUAAUCUUCCAUAAAGGCUGUCGGUGAUAAAUCGUGAUUGAACGUAAGAUGUCUCAGGCUGGAAGCAAUGUUUAGACAAUGAAGCAAGUGUUUAUUACUUCAAGUCUUGAUACAUAUUCUUGUGAACAAGUUGUGUGUGAAGGCUAUCGGUGGUUUCUUGUUUUUUAGUGGCCAAUGUGCGAUUGAGCUGUGAGCGUUGAUUAGAUCACGACGCAGCUUUCAGUUUAGUUUUUUAGUUUCAUGGUCGCUUUCAUAGAGCACUGACAAGAGCAUGUCCUAAUGGACAGCGCAAGUCUUCAUCUAUCUAGCCAGAAAACGACUCUUUCAUGCAAAUUAAGCAUCAUUAAAGUCUAUAUAAACAGUUGCGCACAAAUUUGCAUAGGUUAGUGCUCAAAAGUGUAUGUUCAGGCCAUUGCUUCCGAGAUCGGUUGGUGCGUGUGCCACUCUGAAGGUGUUAGAGGCCACAGUUCAGACAUUAGCAUUUCAGUAGAAUUCAGUAGAAGGUCUACCCACGAAACUACGCUGCGCUUGCCUCCAUGCAUCUGCACUCUGAAACACAGUUGCUGAAGGAUGCCAAUGUACCGUAACGGAAAUAAAUCUGGUACAUCUAAGUCUAACCUCGAUAUAAUGAAUAAUCAGAUAUAACGAAGUACAUCUAAAAUGUUUAUUGCUUAAAUCAGCAUGUAACAAAUAUAUGCUUAGAGAGAACAUUGAAUAUAGUGAAGGUAUUUACGUGUCGGGUGCAAUUUCAUUAUAACGAGGUUCGACUGUAUGUGAUUUCUCUUUUAGUUGGGCAGCAGUGUAUUUGCAACUGCUUACCUAGGUUGCCACCGCGAUUAUCAUUUCUAGUAGUAUCAGGACUCUGUUAGUAUGGUAAAGGCUGCGAAUAUUGCAAGCAGUGUGCAAGGUUAGGUACUGCAACUGCUCCAUUUCCUUCUGCAUGCCAUCACUUGACCUAGUAGUUCACUUGUUAUCUCUCAGGAAUGGGCCUACAGAGAGCAGUGGAUGGUGAAAAUGGAACCGAAUCAAGCUAAUUGUUGCGUUACGCCAGCCUAGAAAGUUUCUUGGCAAAUGACCUGAAAUUGUGUGGCCACUUACUGGAUGUUACCCAGUAUUCGGGAAACCAGUGAAGUGUAGCUAAGAGUCUGCAUGAAACUUUUCUUUGUAAGGCUGCGUAAAAAUGGUAAGGCAGAUAAUUUCAGAAAUGUACAUUUUUGAAUACUUUGCAUUAGUUGUUGAAGUCCUCCUCUGUUUGUUGCACUGUGCCGCAAUGAUAUUGAUGUUGUGAUUGGAUUUGAAACCAAGGUGAUCAAAGUUUGUUCUUGGGUUUGCCUUCUGUCUUGGUAAUAAAUGACUUCACGGCACUUGGAGAGCUUUUUGAAAA